AGCACCCAUGAAAUUUUAGCAGGUCAAUGAUCAGAUCUUCAUCUUACAAUGCCACAGUGUUAGUGUGAAGACAUUGAAACAAAGCAAGCAUGAAAACAGGAGACAUGAAAUAAUAGGCUGUUCUAAUAGUCCAGAUAAUAUAUAAUGUCAGCCUGAGCCAGAUUGUGGUAAUUCACAAAAAGUUAGAAAGUGAAGUUUAGAAAUUACCAGACUUGGUAGAUUAGAUGUUUAUGGAGAGGGAAAUGAAUAGAUAAAAAGAAAACUCUGAGAUGUCUGACUUGAUCCUGGAUUCCUUUCAUUGAGAUAUGAGAUACUGGAGGAGUGGAUUGGGAGAAGGGCAAGGUGAGUCAUGAUUUCAUUUAGGAUCUGUUAAGAUGAAAAUGGUUUUGAUAUGUCCAUGGAGAGAUAAUCACUAAGAGGUGGUAAUGGAGUACUGAAGGUGAUAGAGGUUUACUUAUGAGGUACAGAUGCCAUAGGAAUAGGCAAGCUAUUUCAGUGCUGUAUCUGUGGCAUUAUAAGGGAACAGUGUUUUGUACAAAGCCUGCAAAACAGUGAUAUAUGAUAAAUUGUUAGAGAAGAAAAAAUUACAACUAUUGAGAAUGAAAUGACCAUGAAAAUACCAGACAUCAGUGUGAUCACACAAGCUAACCCACGAGAGUGUCUAGAAAGAGCAGGAAGGGUCAAUUCUGUGAAGUAAUAAGAAGAAAGUCUGAGAGGUGGCUCAGCUCUAAAUAUAUGGCAUCUUUCAGACUGUAGAGAUCGUUUCAGGUAUGGAAGAUGAGACAAAUUAUUGCAUAGUCUCAGACUGGUAUCUAGAAAUAUGUUUAUUUUGAUUUUAAGGGAGCCUACAUUUUUUCUUAAAGAUUCUGGAGACAGAGUAUGAAAGGAAGGAAUCAAACUACCCUCUCAGGAUUCCUCCUCCUGGGUCUGUCCAUCUACCCAGAGCACCAGCACUUGUUCUAUGCCCUGUUCCUCUCCAUGUAUCUUACCACCAUCCUGGGGAACCUCCUCAUCAUCAUCCUCAUUCAACUGGACUCUCAUCUCCACACACCCAUGUAUUUUUUUCUCAGCAACCUGUCCUUCUCUGACCUCUGCUUUUCCUCUGUCACAAUGCCCAAGUUACUGAAGAACAUGCAGAGCCAAGUCCCAUCCAUUCCUUAUGCAGGCUGCCUGGCCCAAAUGUACUUCCUCUUGCUGUUUGGAGACCUGGAGAGCUUCCUGCUUGUAGUCAUGGCCUAUGACCGCUAUGUGGCCAUCUGCUUCCCCCUGCACUACACCAGCAUCAUGAGCCCCAAGCUCUGUGUGUGCCUGGUGGUGCUAUCCUGGGUGCUGACCACGUUCCAUGCCCUGUUGCACACCCUGCUCAUGGCCAGAUUGUCUUUCUGUGGGGACAAUGUGAUCCCCCACUUCUUCUGUGACAUGUCUGCACUGCUGAAGCUGGCAUGCUCUGACACCAGUAUAAAUGAAUUGGUGAUAUUUAUCACGGGAGGCAUCAUUCUCAUCAUUCCAUUUGUACUCGUUAUUGUUUCCUAUGCACGAAUUGUGUCCUCCAUUCUCAAGGUCCCUUCUGCUCGACAUAUCCGUAAAGCUUUCUCCACUUGUGGUUCUCACCUCUCUGUGGUGUCACUGUUCUAUGGGACAGUCAUUGGCCUCUACUUAUGUCCAUCAGCUAAGAAUUCUACUAUGAAGGAGACAGUCAUGGCUCUGAUGUACAUGGUGGUGACUCCCAUGCUGAACCCUUUCAUCUACAGCCUGAGGAACAGAGACAUGAAGGAAGCCCUGGGAAGAGUCAUUUGUAAGAAAAUUUGUUUCUGUCCAUGAUAGUAAUAUUUGUAACUAUUAUAUAAUUUUCCAGUAGAUAUAUUGAUUUCUAAAUAUCAUUCUUGACCUUUUUUCUUGCAGGCAAAAUAUUACAUAAAUGCCCAAUAAGUAAAACAUCUCAAGUGAAGAUGUGUAGUUGUUGUAGGAAGGAGUUCUCAGGGAUAUGGUAGGAAGGUUUUCCUAUUUCUUAAUUCCAAGUAACCCUGAGCAAGCUUAAUGUAAAUGAUUUUAGUUGAAUUUCUCACAUGAGAGGGGCAAUGCGAUAUUUACAGAUGUGUAUCCAAUUUAUUUCGCUUAAGAGUAUAGUGUCAAGAAACAAAAUGUAUGAUAUCGUGAAAUAGGAAGUUAUUGUUCAAAAGGGAAAGAGGGAGGGGGAAAAGAAGGAAGGGAAA